AUGGAAGACGGUGCGGCGGUGGCAGCGGAUGGGAAGGAAGAGGAGCGUAUGACUGCGGGGUGGGUGGUGGCCAACUUCGGCUUAGAAGAUGCUGCGGUGCUGGCUGUGUAUCUCUACGGAAGUCGCGUCUAUGGCACUCACGGCCCGGCCAGCGAUUGGGACUACGUGAUAGUGGUGGAGGGUGGGGGAGAGGGCCAAGGCGGAGAAGAGGGACGCGGCGGUGGUGAAGUGGAGGCCACCAUUCAAGGGGCAGCGAGUGAUGCCGACGCUACGGUCAUGAGCAUGACCAGGUUCGCGCAGAUGCUGGACCAACACUCUGCGCCCAUCCUCGAGUGCGUCUUCCUGCCGCCCCACAUGAAGCUGCGCGAACGCGGGCCUGCGGCGCUGGCCGCCGCAGCGUUCGUGGUGUCGCCGCAGCGCGUGCGCGAGGCGGCGUCGUUCCGGGCCGGGCACAGCUGGUCGAAGGCGCGUAAGAAGCUUGAGGUGGCCGCCGAUCGCAACGUGCGGGUGGCCAAGAAGUCACUCUUCCACUCCUUUCGCAUCCUCGACUUUGCGCUGCAGAUGGCGACGGAGGGCAAGAUCAGUCGGUUCGACGCGAUGAACGAACUGUGGCGCGAGCUGGAGGCUUUCCCUGACGACACGCCGUGGGAGACCUACAAGCAGCGCUAUCAGAAGCGGUGGAACGCGCUCAAGUCCCAGCUGCGCGCGGCCUGUCCCAAAGAGGAGUGGCGAGAGGCAAAGAAGGACCUCCACGCCGAGCACGACAACGUCCGCCGCCAGAAGGAGGAGCUGCAACAGCAAUAG